UUUUUUUUUUUAUAUUUCCAGGGUGGGAAACGCGCAUAUUCGUCGCAAUUUACACACAUUUCGUAUAUAUAUUCGUUUCUUAUAUAAAUUUUAGACUUAUUAUUUUCAAAAAAAAAACAAAUUCAAAUUCGUAUUUUUUAAAAAAAAAACAACCCAAACCUGUAACAUUUAUUAAAGUUAGAACUAUUCUUUUUUUUUUUUCACAAAAUAUUGGUUGGACCUUUUUCGUCAUAGGCGAAAAGAUCUUCCUCCAUUUUUUUUCGUAACAUAUUUUUUUUUUGUAUAUAACCUUUUUUUUCCUCUGCACGAUAAUAUCUUUCUUCCCUUACAAUAAAUAGAUGAUUAAAAAGUUUCAACCCGUUACAGGAUGCAUUUAUAGAAUACUUUUUUUCAUAUAAUCAUUCAAAUUCAUCAUUUUUCAUAUGCAUUUUCUUUCCUACCCUAACUCCGCACUUUUUUUUCAUUAAUAAUUUUUAAUUCAUAAUUCAUAUUUAAGUUUAAUUUUUUCUUUUUUUAAUUUUUUCUAUGGCAAAUAAUUCGUAUGGCAAAACCU